UAGUUUCUGCGCGUGUGAGGCUGGUCCACCAUACCGUGGCGUAUUGCAGCCCCGAGUCAUCUGCGCUGGCUGCAUGUUUCAUGGACAGCCUACUAUCACUGGUGUCCAGCGGCAGCCUACUGGAAUUAAAGGGCCCUGGACUGGUGACAGACCAGCAACGCUGAGGCGGGCAUGAGCGACAGUCCCAUGGGCGCAUUUUUAUAGGCUAGUCAUUUUUAGCGAUGUCAAAGAGCCUGAAGAAGAAAAAUCACUGGACCAACAAAGUCCACGAGACGGUCCUCUCCAGGAGUAAGGAGGGCGAGCUGGGGUUUGAUUUGAAAGGGGGCGCGGAGAAUGGCCAGUUUCCAUUUGUGGGUGAAGUGAAACAAGGCAAGGUGGUCAUUCAGAGCGGUAAACUGUCCCAGGACGAGCUUCUUCUGGAGGUCAACGACACGCCGGUGUCCGGGCUCACCCUCAGGGAUGUACAUGCCGUAAUCAAGCACUGCAAAGAUCCCGUACGGCUGAAGUGUGUAAAGCAAGGAGGUGUUGUAGACAAGGAUCUCCGUCACUAUCUAAACCUUCGCUUCCAGAAAGGUUCCGUGGACCACGAACUUCAGCAGAUCAUCCGAGACAAUCUCUACCUCCGGACUGUGCCCUGUACUACAAGACAGCCCAAGGAGGGAGAAGUUCCAGGGCUGGACUACAACUUCGUAAGUGUUGACCGGUUUAUGGAAUUGGAGAAAAGUGGAGCUUUGCUUGAAAGUGGAACAUAUGAAGAGAACCUCUAUGGCACCCCCAAGCCCCCGGCCGAGCCCUCUCCCAUGCUCUUUAAUGUGACGGACCAGAUCCUGCCUGGAGCCCGACCCAGUGCCGAGGGGAAGAGGAAGAGGAACAAGUCCGUCAGCAACAUGGAGAAGGAGAGCAUCGAGCCGCCCGAGGAGGAGGAGGAGGAAAGCCCCGUCGUCAAUGGCAAUGGCAUCGCCAUCACACCAGAGUCGAGCGAGCACGAGGACAAGAGCACAGACGCCUCAGAGGAUGUGCCCCCCCAGUCCUGCCCGCCCGAGACGCCCACCCUCACCACCACAGAGGCCCCCGAGGAGGAGGAGGAGGAGGAAGAGGAGGAGGAAGGAGCCCCCAAAUCCCCCGCUGACUCACAGGACAAUGACGAGUUGGGUCCCCUGCCUGACAACUGGGAGAUGGCCUACACAGAGAAGGGGGAGGUCUACUUCAUAGAUCACAACACCAAAACUACGUCGUGGCUGGAUCCUCGGCUUGCUAAGAAGGCCAAGCCACCAGAGGAAUGUGACGAGCAUGAGCUUCCUUAUGGCUGGGAGAAGAUUGAUGACCCUAUAUAUGGCAGUUACUAUGUGGACCACAUCAACAGAAGGACCCAGUUUGAGAACCCCGUCCUGGAGGCCAAGCGGCGCCAGCAGCAGCAGCAGCAGAUGCAGAGCCAGGGCCUGUCAGCGCUGCCAUUGCCCACCAUCUACAGAGAGAAACCCCCGUUCACACGGGACCCCACCCAGCUGAAGGGCACCUUCCUGUCUACGUCGCUGCAGAAGAGCAACAUGGGCUUUGGCUUCACCAUCAUCGGUGGGGACGAGCCUGACGAGUUCCUGCAGGUGAAGAGCGUCAUCCCCGACGGUCCAGCCGCACAGGAUGGCAAGAUGGACACUGGUGACGUCAUAGUCUACAUAAAUGACAUCUGCGUGCUCGGCACCACCCAUGCCGACGUGGUCAAGCUCUUCCAAUCGGUGCCCAUCGGUCAGAGCGUCACCCUCAUGCUGUGCCGGGGCUACCACCUGCCCUACGACCCCGAGGACCCCUCCGCCGCCGCCGCCGCCGCCGCCGCCGCAAGCGCGCUGCAGCCCAUGGGUCUGGUGGAGCACCCGGCAGCAGCGCUGCUCAUCAACGGGCGCAGCAGCUACGACAACUACAUGGAGUACAUGUCCCUGACGGGCCGGCUGGGGCCCGACCAGGGGACGCCCAUCCCCCACCCAGGGGACACGCACCUGGACGGCUCCCAGCCCCCUUCCCUCAACGCGCCCAGCACCUCUGGAGCUGGGCCUCACGAGGACAGUGUCUCCAUGGCGUCGUCGGGGACGGCAGCGGGGGCAGGAGCAGGGGCCGGACAGGGGGUGGAGCUGCUGAGCAUCGCUAUGGUGAAGGGUGCGGAGGGCUUCGGCUUCACCAUCGCGGACAGCCCCACUGGGCAGCGUGUGAAGCAGGUGCUGGAGGCCCAGGGCUGCCCAGGACUGUGUGAGGGGGAUCACAUGGUGGAGUUCAACCAGCAGGGCCUGCAGGGGCUCAACCACACCCAGGUAGUGCAGCUGCUGAAGGACUGUCCUGUGGGGACUGAGGCCACUCUUGUUAUCCAGAGAGGAACCACAGUAACAGGUCACUUCUCUCCCUGGGAGGGCUCGAAACAGUGGGAGCCCCAGUGCAGCCCUCAGACGAGCCUGUCGGGUCCAGGGAUGAUGCCUCACGGUGCCCCCCACCCGUCCCACCCCCUCCACCGCUCAACUGGGCCAGACUUAGAAGGCUUCCACCUGGGCAAGCCUGACCCUUACGACCUGUACGAGAAGUCCCGCGCCAUCUACGAGAGCCGGCGACCUGAGUACCAGGAGGUGGAAGUCCACCUGCUGCGGGAGAAGACUGGGUUCGGGUUUCGGAUCCUAGGUGGAGACGAGGCGGUGCAGGCUAUCGUAAUUGGGGCUAUCAUAGAGAACAGUCCUGCAGAGCGUGAUGGCCGCCUGCGCCCUGGAGAUGAGCUGGUGUCUGUGGACCACAUGCCCGUCGGAGGGAGACCCCACCGAUACGUCAUUGACCUCAUGCACGCAGCUGCUCGCAAUGGCCAGGUCACUCUCACUGUCAGGAGAGCAAUCCAAUCACUAGGUGAUAUGUGUCCAGAGAACGGCAUCUCGCCUGCAUGUGUGUCUGGGUUGGGCCAGCACAGUUCUCCACGAGGACACGGCUGCCCAGUCAACCUGCCCCCGACCACCGAUGUGCAAAUCCAUCGCAAGGAGAGCGAGGGUUUCGGCUUCGUCAUCAUCAGCUCCCUCAACAGGCCUGAGAACAGUGCCACCAUCACAGUGCCACACAAGAUUGGCCGCAUCAUUGACGGUAGCCCAGCCGAUCGGUGUGGAAAACUCAAGGUUGGGGACCGCAUCAUGGCUGUCAACGGCCAGUCGAUUAUCAACAUGCCACAUGCUGACAUCGUCAAACUCAUAAAGGAUGCUGGCCUCGCUGUUACACUCCACAUCAUCCCUGAAGAAGAAGGAAAUGGACCGCACUCUGCACCCGCCUCAGAGAAGCAGAGCCCAAUGGCCCAGAAGCACAGUCCACAGUCCCAGUCCAGCCCAGCGGCACAUCAGAGUCCCUCCAGCAUGCAGCAGCCCCUAGCGACCGGCCAGCCCAGCCCGCUGGUCACAGACGCCAGCCCCACCUUGGCUCAGAGCAGCCCAAUGGUGGCAACGCAGCCCAGUCCACCUGCACCUCAGCCCAGCAUGGAGGUCCUCCAGCCCACCCCCACAGCCCCUCAUCCUGUCCCUGUGGGGGACCCCUGCCUCCCCAUGGCUGCUCCUAGCCAGAUCACCUCAGUGCCAGUUCCCCCACCACAGUUAUACCUCCAUGACAGCAGGUCAGAGGUGAAGGCGCGACAAGAUGUGAAACCUGAUAUAUGUCAGCCGCCAUACACAGACUACCGUCAGCCUCCAGUAGACUACAGACACCCUCCAGUGGCUGACUACCGCCAGCCCCCAACACUGGACUACCGCCACCCCCCGCCUCUCAUCGACUACAGGCAACACGCAGUCCCUGACUACAGGCCCCAGGUACAACUACCAGCAGUCCCUGACUACAGGCCCCAGGACUUUGAUUACUUCACUGUGGACCUAGAGAAGAGUGUGAAAGGUUUUGGCUUCAGUAUUCGGGGAGGAAGAGAGUACAAAAUGGACCUGUUUGUGCUGAGGCUGGCAGAAGAUGGGCCUGCCAUCCGCAGUGGAAGGAUGAGGGUUGGAGACCAGAUUAUCGAGAUCAACGGUGAAAGCACCAGGGACAUGUGCCAUGCCCGAGCCAUUGAGCUGAUCAAGGCUGGGGGGCGCCGCGUGCGUCUGCUGUUAAAGAGGGGCACAGGCCUAGUGCCUGAGUAUGGAAUGGUACCUUCCAACCUUUCCAUGUGCAUGAAAAGUGAAACUCUAAGCUCUCCCUAUUUCUUCAUAAUGGGACACUCAAAAGAUACGACGGUGCCGCCACCUGGGAUGCUGUCCCUGCAACCAUCCUUACCCUGCCGGAAGUAGCACCACAACAAAUCCCCAGGACUCAACCCUCAUCUCAUUCCAGCUUGUACCCUUGACCUCUCCUCUGCAGGCAAUGACAUGUUCUGUGUGUGCGUGAGUGAGUGUGAGUGUGUCCAUGUGUGCCUUUGAAUGAGAGCGAGUGAGUGUGUGUUCCUUCGCAAGUCACACAUUGCCAACUUGUGGAGGGGUUGCUCUACUCAGGGUGGCAGGCCCACCCACAGACACCUGAGCUGCAGCUAGAGAGAUGGAUGCGCCCACAGGCCUCCCUACUGCAGCUUGAGAGAUGGAUGCACCCACAGGCCCCCCUACUGCAGCUUGAGAGAUGGAUGCGCCCACAGGCCCCCCUAAUGCAGCUUGAGAGAUGGAUGCACCCACAGGCCCCCCUGCUGCAGCUAGAGAGCGUUUUACGGAUUAGAAGGGAAAAGAAGAGAAAAGUAGCUGAGCACUCUGUUUGGCGCCUUCAGUCCACACACCUGCAGACUUACUUCAGCGCGGAUGUUAUUCAGUAUAGAGUAAGCAGAUUCCUGGGCCUCAGGCACAGGCUGACCACAGGGGUAAACAAGCCUGGGAGGAGGGCAUGGUAACCCAGCGGGUGGAACAAACUCUUCUUGAGGUUAUGGAGGACACAAAGAAACCCCUCCUAAGGGAGCUGAGAUGCGUUGUGGGAAGAGAAACAAAAGCAAACUGAGGCAAACUCCCUAAGUCUGACUCUAAAUGGGAUCUUGCUUUGUGCUCCUUUUGUGCAACCUAGACAAGGGAACCCUUCAUUGUCGCCUCUCUCCUCAUGUUUCUGUUAUGGAUUGCUUUCUGUACUAGAUCUUCACUCUAGCCAUUUAAAAAAAAAAGAAAAAAGAAAAAAAAAAGACUAUAUUUUCUCCAGAAAGGAGACAAUACAUACAGUGUAGCAUGAAAGGCCAGUCAACAAUCCCAGUGGACAAAAUGCAAAUUAUGUAACAAGUGUAAGAUAUUUCUGUCGGCCUGUUUAUGGGGGACCCAUAAGUAAGGCCACUGUUGCAGUUCUACACCAUGGAGAGCAGUGUAGUAUGCUAGCAGAGAAUGAAUGUUGAAUGGCGUUACAAUUCCAUUUUGCGAUAUAUCAACAGCUCUGCCUUAAAGGAAUUCCUCGAGUUGACCCACGUAUUAGUACCGUAAAUAUCCGAUAUUCAUAGACUUCCUGUGAAUUUUUGUAAAAUCACAUAUCAUAUCUGUGUGAAGGCAAACAAAAAAAAACUGAAGGAAAGAAAAUGCCGCACAGAUUUUUUUUUAUCUCUUAGGUUGUAAAUGAUUACAUAUAAACCAAGAUCAGUUUAAUAAUCCAUUUUGUUAAAUCAUAUAGAGACUCAUCUUUGAUUACAUAUCAGAAGUCCUUGGAUUAAUUCAAGACUUAACUGCAAAUGGGCUCUCCUGUGCUCACUUCUUGGGUUUGAGAAGGAUUGUGAAGUAUUGUGCUUCAUGUACCACACCGCUCUGUGGGCCAAAGCCACUGUUCCCAAAACUCUCAGAUGGCCCCAUCCUACAAGCCUCCUUAAACUUCUCAACCACCUAACAGUAUUGCGUUAUGUCGUAAAAAAAACAAAAAUGGCUACAUGUAGUCAAGUGUAGGUGCUGAUACCUCCUUUCUCCUUGACGUUUUGCUUGUAUGUCACCUCUUAAAAAAAAUGUGGUUCCUCUACAGUAGUGAGUGAUCCCAGAGAUGUUUUCUUUGUUGUUUUUUUCUUGUUAUUCCCAAAGACCAAACAGAAAGAUGAGAAAACAUAAAGAAUGGGAGGAGUGAGGCUAGGUGCGUGCGUUGAGCUCAGAGAAGCACUUGACAGAGCAGAGUGCCUUAGGAGCCAGAUCUAGUGCAGAUAGAGAAGAGUCUUGAGGACCCACUGCAGAGGCGUCACUCAAGGGCUGCCACGGGCCCACUACAACACAAGGUAACAUUAAAGCAACAGGACCAUACUCACUCACAUUCAGGACCAUACUCACAAUACUCACUCACAUUCAGAACCAUACUCACUCACAUUCAGGACCAUACUCACUCACAUUCAGGACCAUACUCACUCACAUUCAGGACCAUACUCACAUUCAGGACCAUACUCACUCACAUUCAGGACCAUACUCACUCACAUUCAGGACCAUACUCACUCACAUUCAGGACCAUACUCACUCAC